CAAGAGGAAUGAAGCCCUCCAACCAAAACGGGCAUGCAUCCUGUGCAAGCAGUUCCAUUUUCUGCCCUAUUGCGAGCUAUACUUGCAAAAAACUCCACAAGAGCGUAGAGAACUCAUAAACAAAAACAAUCUCUGCCAAAAUUGCUUAAGACCUCAUCCUACAGAAAAGUGUAUUUCACAACACUCUUGCCGGGUUUGCUCCAAGAGGCACCAUACAACGACUUGCACACAAUCCAAAACUUCAGAAACACCUCAGCCUACACCAAAGGUAAUGAUGUCUUCAGAUCAUGGCAAAGACCAAACUCACAAAUCUGAAGUCCUCCUAGCCACUUUUUUGGCGCAAAUAGAAGCUCCUUCGGGGCGAACCAAAAUCAUUCGUGGUAUCAUAGAUAUGGGCGCUCAACGCUCCAUGAUCACCACAAGAACCGCAAAAUAUCUGAAGCUCAAGUGCACAACUUCUUCAGCAGUCAUCAACGCCGUCUCAGAAACUCCUGUCAAACUCAAAGGCACUACUGAGAUUGCCCUAAAAACGGCUGAGAAGGAGUUGGUCAUUCAAAACUGUUCAGUCGAAGUGCUGAACAGCAUCACAGCCCCGUUGCCCACACAACGGAUUUCAAACUAG